CGUUGAGGAUUACAGGUUCCAAACUUGGCCAACAUAACACCCACCACCACCAUUGCCGAGGUGAAAGCCGAUCGCCCGAUCUGCCGUUGACUCAGCUGCUCCACCAAAAAGGAAGCGCGCAACGCACGAACGACACACACGCGGUGCCGCGGGGGAACAAAUUGCCCGUAAAACAAUCCACCAGGAGACAGAAAAAAAAGAAAACCGCGCCUAAAUAGAACGAGAGCGCGUGGGGGUUACCAUUUGUUGCCACUUGUCGCGCGUUGCAAAUUGUGGCCACAUCCGUGGGCGCGCAGAAUUCGCGGCACCCAUCAUCACGGAGAGCAUCAACCGGACGGUGGUAAUUAUCUGCGGCACGGGACAAAAUGUUUAGUCCCGAGUACGAGAAGCGCUUCCUGAAGCACCGCAGUCCCACGGCGCGCAGUCUCUUCAGUGCCGGUGAAUCCUCCUCGUCCUACGAUCGCUUCAUUCCCUGUCGUGCAAACAACAACUGGCAGACCAACUUUGCGUCGAUCAGCUCGAAAUCGAACGAAAACUCGCCCCAAUCGUCGAAGAAGCAGCGCGAUUGUGGCGAAAACGCACGCGACAGUCUCGCCUACAGCUGUCUACUGAAGAACGAACUGCUCGGCACGGGGAUCGACGAUGUGAAGCUGGUGGCGGACGACAAGAUCGGCGGAGGAAGUGGCGGCAGUGGUGCUGGCGUCGGCGGUGGAGGAGGUGGCAGCGGCGGUGGAGGCGGAUCUAAUGGUGUGGUCGGGGGCAGCGGUGGCGCUGGCGGUCUCCUGGCGAACAGCAACCGGACCGGAUUGUUCAAGUAUCAAUCGCCAACGAAGCAGGAUUACAACGAACAGUGCCCGUACUCGCUGUCGCCAGUGAGCAUCAAAAGCCAGAAGCUGCUCCGUUCGCCCCGGAAGGCGACGCGCAAAAUAUCGAAGAUCCCGUUCAAGGUGCUGGACGCGCCGGAACUGCAGGACGACUUCUAUCUCAACCUAGUCGACUGGUCCGCCCAGAACGUGCUGGCCGUCGGGCUCGGCAGUUGCGUUUACCUCUGGAGUGCCUGCACCAGUCAGGUGACCCGGUUAUGCGAUCUGAGCUCCGAUUCCAACACGAUCACGUCCGUUUCGUGGAGCGAACGGGGCCACCAGUUGGCGGUGGGCACGCAGCACGGAUACGUCACUGUUUGGGAUGUGGCCGCUAGCAAACAGGUUAACAAACUCCUGGGACACUCGGCACGCGUCGGUGCCCUCGCCUGGAAUGGCGAUGUCCUAUCGAGCGGGUCUCGAGAUCGCCUCAUUCUGCAGCGGGACACCCGGACGCCAUCACAGGUACCGGAACGGCGCCUGGUCGGGCACCGGCAGGAAGUGUGUGGCCUCAAGUGGUCCCCCGACAACCAGUAUCUGGCGAGCGGCGGCAACGACAACCGGCUGUACGUGUGGAACCAGCACUCCGCGUCGCCCGUCCACUCGUACUCGGAGCACAUGGCGGCCGUGAAGGCGAUCGCCUGGUCCCCGCACCACCACGGGCUACUGGCGAGCGGUGGCGGGACGGCCGACCGGUGCAUUCGCUUCUGGAACACCCUCACCGGCCAGCCGAUGCAGUGCGUCGACACCGGGUCGCAGGUGUGCAAUCUGGCCUGGUCCAAGCACUCGUCCGAGCUCGUCUCCACGCACGGCUACUCGCAGAACCAGAUCCUAGUGUGGAAGUAUCCGUCGCUGACGCAGGUGGCCAAACUGACCGGGCACUCGUACCGCGUGCUCUACCUUGCCCUCAGCCCCGACGGCGAGGCGAUCGUGACGGGGGCCGGCGACGAAACGCUGCGGUUCUGGAACGUGUUCAGCAAGGCGCGAUCGCAGAAGGAAAACAAGAGCGUCCUCAAUCUGUUUACCAACAUUCGGUAAAAUUCGGCACCAGCCACAGAGAGGGGCGCGUUUGAGGAGACGCCGCCGUGCCUCUAGGACCACCACCCUCCCCCGAAGGCAUUUGUUUUUUAGGUUUUCUUUUAUUUAAUUUUGUUUUAGGAAUUUCUUAUUUUUGCCAACGGUGUGGCAUUUUUUUUUCAAUUUGGUUGCAAAAAUCGAGAGUAGCUCUCUUAUGUAAUGUACAUAUUGCGUAUAGAUAGAUAUACACAUUUUUUAGGAUCUAAAUAGUUUUCGUUAUUCACUCUGCUUCCUGCUGUAGCUGUUUAGUGCUUUAUUAGUGCAUCAUUUCACAUUAACUGCGUAGCAUUUUUCGAUCAUCAUUUUGUUGGGGCUCCAAAUUUUCCUUUUCCCCGCGCCUGCCCGAAGGGAUUGUUUAGUUUCUUUAGUUCUCUUGGGAGUGGUUGGAGUAAGUUGUAUAAAUUAACCAAAGGACCACUCCCGAUCGCGCGCCAGUCAUCAAUCGUAAUAGUACAGCCCGGUGCGCCAGAAAGCGGUUGCGCCGCUGUGAACAUAAUGUGUAAUGUUCCUCCUUUUUUUUUGUUUAUUUCGAUGAAUUAUUGAACUAAAAUUGAACCCAGAACUAAAAUUUCGAUGAAUUAUUGAAGAUACAGUCAAAUAACUUUCUUUUAAUUUGAUGCGUGUAAUCAGGGACUUAGCAAGGAACUGAGGGCGACGGAACUGUCUGAGAUAGAGUUUAAGAAGUCAUCGAAGGCGCUGUGUUCAAUCAAGGAAAAGGAAUAAAAAAUUGUCAUCAUAAUAACGUUCGUAUCGCCGGGUGUUGUUCUCCUGCGGAAAUCGGCAAUGGCAAUGAAUGGCGCAAAAGGUGAUAAAAAUGUGCGUGCAUCUCUACGGCGCACGUGCGUUUGCGCGUUCAUUUGUGCUGACUGACGAUUCCGUCACAAAACAGGAAACAUAUUCUCCGCGAGGCUCGGUUUGAGUCUGGCGUUUCGAGCGCAGGAUUUCGCUCGUAAAACGCGACCCACACCGGGCCGCCAGCCGAUACGGUUCUUACGGUUUCAAACGAUUCGACUCCAGCGCGAAUCUCGGGUGGAAGGAUGGCGCGGGCGCGCGUGUUCCUUUCAUUUGACGUUCGGAAAGCAAAAUUUGCCAAUAAAUAAAGAUCUCGUCUCGGCGGGGCGUACCCCGAUUGCGAUGCAACAGGUGGGGGGACACGGUUAUCACGGUGGAUGAAGUGUCCGUCCCACUAUUUGAGUGUGUGUUUGGUGUAUUCCAUUUUAGUUGUGAUAAG